GUUUAUUUUUAUUUCAAUGAGAAGAAAGAUAAUCGCUAGAAUGUGUAUCGCGUUGAUACGAAGUUGUUAAAGUUGUUAACGCGCAGAGUCCGCGAUUCGAGUUACGCGGGAAUUCAGAACGGAAGAGGAAACACCGUCGGAAUGUCGUCGAAAACGAUACACAACGAGCACAUUAAAAGGCCGAUGAACGCGUUCAUGGUAUGGUCCCGUGGACAGCGACGUAAAAUGGCACAGGAAAAUCCGAAAAUGCACAAUUCGGAAAUUUCAAAACGACUUGGAGCAGAAUGGAAACUACUCAGCGAAAGUGAAAAACGACCCUUCAUAGACGAGGCUAAGAGAUUAAGAGCUCUGCAUAUGAAGGAACAUCCAGACUACAAAUAUCGACCACGACGGAAACCGAAAAAUUUAGUAAAGAAAGAAAACAAAUUUGGUUUUUCGAUAUCACCGUUGAUGUCACCUGGCGAUACUCUUGGCAAUAUAUCCCGUGGUCUAUUACCACCAUUGGCACCACCUUCGCAUCAUCAUCCCUUGAUAGGUCACGACGAUUUGAAGAUACCUCGUUUCUUUCCACCGUUUCCGUAUCAUCUUUAUCCGAUUCAACACAAGUUGGGUGACGAAUUGAACGGUGGUAAAUUGGCUGCGGAUUUGGCAUUCCAAGCUUUAUACGGUAGUGGCACAUUUUAUUCGAGUCACCAAGCGGUAUCCUGGCCAGGAUUACCGACUACUACGUGUCUCCAAGCUAAUUGUGGUUGCCCUAGUCCAUCUAAAGAUCCGAAAAGGACUUAUUUGCCAUCGAAGUUGGAAGAGAGAUCCUUUUCCAGUCCGGGUAAACACGAGGACGAAACUUUUCCGAUCGAGCGAGACGUUCCUACGAUCGACGAAUCUCGUUAUAGAAAGCUAGAGGACGAAGGAUUAAGCUCAACGUUGGAAAGGCAUCAAGAAGAAAGAUCGAGAGAUCGUUUCUCUUCGUCUUCGUCCUCAUCCCCGACCGAUAGACCCGAAAGAGCAUCCAGUACGACAUCUGCAACGACCACCAGUACCGUAACUAAAGUUGAAAGCGUAUUUUCCGUACAAAAUCUUACAUCCCCGAGCACGAAUUUGUCGUCUCAUCGAAGUCACGUCAUAUGAAGGCCGCUGCCGGUUCUCCCGGAUUUAAAUUUCCGGGGGAACCUUCUACCAACCGGUUGGCCGACGACAACCGCCGAUUGGUGGAGAAUCCCACCAAUGCUAUCACCGAUCUCGCAAACUAGUGUCCCUAAUUUACCAUCGGCUAGCAUCAAGGACAACGAUAUUCACUUUCAGGAAGAACACCAGAGAAAUUCUGUCGUAUCCAGGUCAACCGGUAGGACUGGCUUGCACGUAGGUGCCGCGCAAUGAGAUCUUCUCGAGAGAAGUAUCAUUAGGUACUCCGGCGAGUCAUAAGUGCAUUUACUGAAACGUGAUCGAAAUAACUACUUCGGACUACUUUUUCCUUUUAUUUGUCGUUAUAACGAAUUUAUGAAAGCAGUGAUUAUACGUUCAUUUCAUUUAUCCUACG